CGCCAUCAAGGUCUGGGAGUGUGCACUGAGCUGCAUAGCUGGGCUCCUGCUCUCAGGGAAGGAAGUGUGGGGCAGCCCAGGGCUUACAGAACUGCUGCAGCAACUUCCCAUUCACAGUGCUGCUGGGACACAUCGCUCUUUGGUGGCCAAGUAUGAAGCCCUCUCUCCUACCCAUUCCAGCAGCAGCUCUGCUCCUCUGCUCUUUAUGGAUUUUGCCUGUUCGUUGCUGCAAUAAGGCUCUGUGUGCAAGCGAUGUCAGUAAAUGUUUAUUACAGGAGCUGUGCCAUUGUCGGCCCAUGGAUGGAAACUGCUCCUGCUGUAAGGAGUGUAUGCUGUGCCUGGGCACACUCUGGGACGAAUGCUGCGACUGCGUUAAUAUGUGCAACCCAAGAAACUACAGCGAUACACCCCCAACCUCUAAAAGUACAGUGGAGGAGAUUUAUCAAUCCAUUCCAUCCCUGUUCCGGGCUCUUACUGAGGAAGACACCCAACUUAACUGGAAUAUUGUAACCUUCCCUGUAGUGGAAGAGCUUUCCCAUCAUGAGAACCUGGUCUCCUUCCUGGAAACUGUAAACCAACCACAAGAGCAAAACGUAUCAGUCGAGGUCUCUCACAGCAAUGACAAAGAGCACAUGUGCACAGUAGUGUACUUUAAUGAGUGUAUGUCAAUCCAUCAGUGCAAGGUUUCCUGUGAGUCCAUGGGAGCCUCGAAGUACCGGUGGUUCCACAAUGCUUGCUGUGAAUGUGUGGGGCCCGACUGUAUCGACUACGGAAGCAAAACAGUAAAGUGUGUGAACUGUAUGGUCUAAGUCAUAUCACCAUGGAUCAGAGAAUAAUCCACUGAGUACUGCAUUUUACCCCCUUUCCUGCCACUGAGGCAAGCUAUUUGGGGCAAAUUAUACACAACACCCUCUUUGGAGUGAAAAGGGAUGAAGGAAAAAAAGAAUGUUAAUUCUAGGACAAAACACAAGAAAUAUAUACUAGAUGGUGAAAUAUGUAAAAAGAUAACAAUUUUUGUUGAAUAUGUAUAUUUUUUUAUGUUUCUAUCGUUUUCAAUAUUUUAGAUUUAUUUUAUAUUUUGUAACUAUAUGAUGUAAAUUUGCAGGUAUCGUGUUGGACAUGCAGCAACAUUAUGCAUUGUGAUUUCUAAACUGCUUUUAUUUUUUAUAAAGCCUUUCUCUGCUAUCCUACCCACUGCUUUAGGAAAAGGACAAUCCAUUGUCUAUAAUUAUGUAUGAUGGUACUGAGUAGAUUGCACCAAUGCAAGGUAGCUUUGGUUCAAUAUAAAGGAAUUUAGAUUUAGCAAACUGAUUUAAUAGGGAUUUCAAAUGAUUUAAUAGUGAUAGGGAACAGUGUUACAGAAAACUGUGGUUCUUCAUCUUACCGUCUCCCUUUAUUUCCCAUUGUCUGUCACUGGAGAACAAACUUUAAUGGUGAAAUACUUGCUUUUUUAAUGGCAAAGAAAAAAGAACAAAUUAUGCUGGAUUCAUAGGGGAAGGGGUGACCUAGUCAGCAUUCUCUACUUUUAUUUGUCAUUCAGUUACUCUCUAAUCAUACAGUGCACAGGCUAUAGUACUCAUUCAUUUCCAUGUACUUUGGGUGUUGAUAUGCCUCAAGCUUGCAAGGACUGCAUGCUUACACUAAUCUAAAUGGCAUAAAUCAUAAAAAUUGGUUCCCAUCAUUCUCAGCAAGGAAUUUUGCAUUUAAAUGUGGCUAGAAAUGACUAUAGUAUAUAUACAGGAAGGAACAUACUAGUUACUAAUGUAAAUAUUGGUGGUUUAAUCAUAUUCCUGAUCAGACAAAAACUAAUUAACAGUAAAACAAAGAGAUCUGACUGUAUUAUAUAACAUAUACCACUGCUUUGUCAUAUAUAAUUAUAUGGUAUUUUUUUUAGGAAAUUAGAGUAUGUCUAAAUAA